GGAAGGUCAUACAUUGAAAGCAGGUUCAACGUCUAUCAAAAUCCACUUUUUCACACUAUUAUAGUUUCUGGCAAAAGAAACCUUUUUGCAUGAUGAUUAGUAAGUGAAACUACUGCUACCGUCCAUCAACGUUCAGAGAAUUCCUUGAGUGAACGGAGAAUGGAAACUAGGGAGCGAAUUCUUUGUGAGGCCAUGAUUGACAGGGAAUGGACAGAAUCAAACAAUGGUUGCAGGCACACAGUGACGCGUUUGAAAGUGCAUGGUUCCACUACAAAACGUAUCAAAGCAAUUCCGUUUACUAGAACUGCCGCUCUAAAUUAUAUGGCAGAACAUGUGGAAAAUACAACUUAUAAUUUGUAGGCAGAGGGCACAGUCAUUGACGGUGUAUGUUGAAGAAGAUUAACAUGCACAUUGUGUGCCAUUACUCGUACCAUAGAUUCCCACAGUUUAUACCCAUCGUUAUUCGCUUAUGCUGAGCCAUAAACGAAGGAAUCGAUUGUUUACGGUUUCGAGAUGAAUAUUGGUAUAUUCUGUGAUACGAAUAGUGUCCCACAAUGUCCCCACUUUCCAGAUGUGAUGAGGAAAACUUGUACGUUUAAUACUGCCGGAAAGAAGAGCAGUCCAGUUACAGAUAUUAUUAAGUGACUGAAUAAUUUGUUUGUAAAUGUUGGUUAAAUUCGUAGUAUUGUGGGAAAAGUUCCUAUGCAAUUGAGCAAAUGUUGGAUAGCAGAAACUGUAUGCAGUUGGAUUUAUGUACUGUUGCCUGUAGCUUCAUGAUCACUUUAUGUGUAAAUUAUCACUGAUUAUCAUGGAUGUUGAUUCUCCCGUAAGUUUGAAACGGUCUAGCAGUGCACCAAUGAUAAAUGAACUGAAUACAACUAUGACAACAGCAUCCACAUCAUCAUCAAGGGACACUUUGUCAUUCAGCAUAUUUCCAGGAAACCAGCCUAGAGCUCGGAGAUUCAGUGCAAGCUUCAGUCCAGUUCACAACGCAGGAUGUUCUUCAGGGCCACCACGCCUGACACCCCGUGUAAGCCAGCUGAGACAAGAAGAGCGUGUAGAAAUGGGAAGGGAAGCUGCCCAUGAACGAGAACUACAUUCAGCUAUGCAGAUGUCUCAGUCAUGUGAAGACCUGACAAUUAUGUCUGGUUUGACAAGUUGCAAGACAGAGCAUUUGGAGAAUAGAAGGACAGAAUCUACGCGAAUGGUUCAUCAGCUCCCACCAUUACACCUCAGUCUUCCCAUUUGCCCCCCAGUGUGCUCUUCUCCUUCGCCGACACGUCCUGGCCUGGGUCGACAGUCUUAUUCUCCUGGUAUCCAUAAUAUGUCGUGGAAAAGCCUUUCGCCCAGCCCUACAAGAAAAGCCUUCACAACAAAACGUAGCCAGAGUCCCAUUGCCAUACGACCUAGCUCUCUUGGUCCAGUGAAGCGAAAGUUUGACUUGGAAGAAGAAAAAACGGACCAGUAUCUCUCUCCACCAGCAAAGCGUCCAAAUAGCUUCACUGUGGACAGGGGUGGGCUUCUCAUGGCCCAUUCAAACAGAUUGGAUGCAACAUCGAGUCCACUGCCUGGAUCCCUCAGUUCUGUUGGAACUCCUGAGUCACUUUCAAGUGCAGAUUCUCCUGGUUUCACAUUCCGACCAGUUGACAGCCCUUCUCCGGGACGCCCCAUUUUGCCAGUUACCGAUGAGCCCAUGCAUGAAGAACGACAGCCAGAACUGUCAAAGCAAGAUCAAGUUAUGACCUCUGUAGAACAUAAUCCAAGUUAAUCUCUUACUUCAGUGUUUUCUUCCUUGCCAUGCCUUCAUGGCUGGCUUCUAGUCGUGACUUGCAAGUCCUUUCCUCAGACUCAUGUAAUAUAUUCUGUUACUAUUGUUGUUUAAUGCUUUAUCUGUAUCAACAUCAGGUGAACUGAACUGUUUAGAUUCUAGAAUGUAUACUAUUGAAUAUGUAUUUUAAAUUUUAUUCAGUGACUGUUGGGGAAACUAAUGUUCAGAAUUUUGGGAAUGUUUUAUUAUUAUUUUAAAUAUGUGGUUCUCUACAGAAUGUAAUCUUCGAGCCUUACAUUCAAUCAAGAAGUGACCUCCUAAUUCAUUGUUAUGGAAAUCUGUAUUUGGAGGAUAAAGUACCUGAAGGUAUUACUAAUACUAAAUACAGUAAAAUCUUUGUAUAAUGAAUACCAGCAUAACAAAAUUUUCAGUAUAAUGAAACUGUUGUUCACCCCCUAUCAGAGCAUCAUAUCCUGUUGUGAAAAACAUUUUACUGUAACAGAUAACGGUAUAGCAAAAUUUCAUAAAAAUAUCAAAAAAAAACCCUUCCCCAUCGAAACAGAAUUUGUUUGAUAAUGUUUAUCCUUUCCAAGUUUUAUAUGAACAUAUACACAUUCCUGUGCCAGCAACACAAGCAGUGUUUCAAAAUAAACAACCCCUGUUGUUUUUUCAAACAGUUUAUUAAAUGUGCACUAGAUGCAACAAGCAUACAUGCAUCUAUGGUGCUGUAAUUUAGAUUUCUGUUCAUUGAACUUUAAGAUGAAAAUAUUUUGAUGGUAGCCCUUGUAAUAUUGCCAUUUAAUGACCAGGCUAAUGCCAAAGUGAUGACGUCUGCUGUGAGCAGGAUUCUCACCAAAGCAGCUAGCAGUGUUUAACAAGUGAUAGCUGAUGUGUGAUGAUGGCUGUACAUUUAUGCCAAAGAAAUCAAACUGCUGGUUUGUGAAAGUGUUGGGAACAAAGUAAUCAUUGCGUACUGCAGGUUUUAUAAUUUGCAUGAAUGUAAUAUUUCAAUGAAGUAUUCAUGCUCAAUCAGCCUUAUCAGAUGACCAUAAAAACCAAUGUUUUGAGAGCAGUCUUGAUUCUCAUUGACAAGGAUCUGAUAUGUCUGCGGAGCCCAUGAUGUCCCACAUAUAUACUUGCCUGGACUGGUUGCUGUCAGACCGGGCGGCCAGUGGCGCUUGUGUGCCUUGGCUUAGCUUUGCCAUUGGUGCGUGUCCAGACCAUUUGAGUAGAUUGAUUUCUGGACUCCAUGUGUGGCUAAGAGUGAACCCUUUACCUCUGUUAAAGUUUUUGGGAUGUAGCCAGAUCUCAUUGGCUUCCCUCACAAAGAAAAUCUGUGUACCUGGAAGCUGUCCCUGGCAUGGAAAUAUCAUUGAAAGGAUGUGGUAGAUUGCUACAGCUCACCAUAUUGAUUUCAAUGGUAUCUUCAUACUGAGGAUAGCUAGAUCUCAACAAGUUUAAUAGAGACAAAGGGUUCACUCUGAGCCACACAUGGUAUCCAGUAAUAAAUGUACUCAAAUGGUCUAGAGAUGCACCAGUAGGACUGGAAGGCGAAGCAGAGCUCGGCAUGUGGCUCCACCCACUAACCCCAUUCAACAGCAACCGAUUCAGGUAGGUGUAUAUCUAUGUGGGACGUCCCGGGCUCUGCAGACGUGUUAGAUCUCUGUUAAUGAGAAUCGAGACUGCUCUCGAAACAUUCGUUUUUUACAGCCACCUGGAUGUGGCUGAUUGCCUGUGAAGACUUCAUUGAAUUUAGUUGCUUUGAAAGCUAUGGAUCAUGCAACAUAAUAUUUAAUUGUUCUUAAGUAGACACAGUUACUGUUGAUUUUAAUGCCUUGCAGACGGGAUGAUUCACUGGAUGAUGCAAUAAUCCACUACAAACAAACCCCUUAUACACUGACAGGUGACAGUUUCAUUUGGCAGAAAAGCUGAAAUGUUGCUUUUGAAACAUAUAUCACUGAGUGAUCAUUUUAAAGUAGUAUCCCUGUCGGAGUGAACUGUGUCUGUUGAACUUCAUGCCGUUCAUAAAAGUGAUGUCUGCUGCCUAUUGGUUAUUGCCUGUUGCUUUGCUGUGAAUCUUAUCCUAAAGUAGUUCAUUUCCUAAUGGAAGAUGCUGACCUUGUUUCUGCAUUCACAUAUAUGCAUGUCCGAUGGGUAAAACCAGCAUCUGGCUGCAGGAGUCCUCAACUCUUCUGACUAAACACAAAUUGCUUCCUGAAUUGUGUUUAUACUAUUCAAGACAUGCUUGUGACAUCACUUCUUGAUCGGUUUUCCUAUCCUUAGCUGUCAGCUCUUUAUUUGAACUCCAAGUGCGGAAGACAUUCUGGUGGACUAAGCAAGAGGGAAAAGUGGCAACGUGCCAGGCAAACACGACUGUGUGCCAAUGGUUUUAGAGGCAAAAAAAAACUGGUUAGUGGGGUCAAUGAACAGAAAAUCAUUUAACUACCAUAAUUCACGCAGUACACAAUACGUUGCAGAAUAAUGUGAUUAAUGAUGGUACUAUGUCAGUUUUGGAUUCUGUGGAAGAAGAUAUUUUGGAAUAAGAAUAUGAUGACAGUGGUGAUGAAAUUGGUGGUAAUCAAGCAUCUUAUCUUAAAAAUAGCACAUCAGAUUGUAAACAAAGUGAAAGGAAAGCUUCUCCAAUAGUCAGUAAGUGGUGUGAUGUGAAAUGUAACCACAUUAGUAGUUUGUACCAAAUUUCGUCAAAAUACUUCGUGUGUGUGCGCUUGUGCGAAGAUUGCACAAUAAUUUACAUAAUCAUGUAAAUGGUAGGUCAUUCAAGUUUAUGUUGUAAUAGCAAGAAUGUAUGAACAAUUGUUUUAUACUCACUAAUAUCAUGAACAGGCAAUGUGUCAAAUAUUUGAGAAAAAAGCAUUGGUAUUUGUGAAAAUAAUAAAUCUUAAGUUAUUGAUUUCUUUUUAUUGCCUUUCAGUAUAGCAAACUUUCAUUGUAACAUAAUUUUCUGUCCACAAAAGUAUGUGAUACCAGAUUUCAUUGUAUGGGGCCAGUGCAUUGCCAGCUAUGUGAGAGACUGAAUCGUGUUGCAUUUGUUAUCAUGUUUUUGCAGAUAUAUGUUAAGUAUUUGGUAUCAUAUAGUGCUGUGAAGCACGGGUGUCAAAUGAAAUUGCCCUAAAAACAUAUUCAGUAAGUAUGAGCACUAUUCAUUCAUUGGAGGCAGGUUUUGUGAGAUUUAGAUGCGUGUUAGUGUUGCAAAGGACUGCGAGAAGCUGUGCCAUACUGUACCACGACAGGAUGGUUGUGUGCCGUUCUUUACUUUCUCUCCCACUUUGAAUGGCACGUACAUGCCAUGGUACAGUGUGGCAGAGGUACAUGUCCACCGCCUUCUGGCAACAAGACUAACAUGCAUUUGUCCUGUGCAUAACCUGGAUUUUUAUGAGGUAUUAUUGUAGUUACUAAACGUGUUUGUACAUGAAUCCUAGUGUUUCACGCCACUGUACAGCAGUUUCUUACUGAUAACAGUACAGAGUACUGCAUUAUUGCCAUUAAUUUUUGAAUGGCUUCUGUAUGUAAGCUUUAAACAUACAUAAUGCAAGAAGUGUGAAUGCAUAUCAACUAAAUUGAUAUUUGGGACCAUCAACUUUGAAUUUUGAUUCCAUUGAGAACCAAAAUAUUUUCUGCAACACUGAAUUAACCUGAUUAGUAUUUAUCCAAUUUGGUAUAACAGUUUCAUUUGCUUUUAUUAUCAUACUUCAAAAAAGGAGAGGUGUGUGUUUUUUGUGAAUUUGACAGAAAAUGUUGCUGAAUCACAUCAGUGAUGAUGAAACAAGCAGAAAAGUGAUUUUAGCAAACAGCUCACGCACUAUUAUGUUAGUUCUACUUUUAAUAUUAUGUCCUCUGCUGUUGCAAUAAUUUCCUCUUUUAAUAUAGAGUAAUAAUUAACAACUUGAACGAAGUGUCAUUAAGUUUUCUCUGUUAUGGUUGCAAAAUGUUACUGAUUUCAUCAAUGCUGAUGCCACGCUAUACACAGUAAGUCAUACUUUUCAGUAGAGCUGAAAAGAAUGAGCAUUAAAAUUCUGCAUACUGUUAGAAAACAUGAAGUUCCUAUGUUUAGUUUUACAAUAUAUUUGUUACCGCUG